AUGCCUCCCGAUGACCCAUUCUCGUUCCUGCCGGAGCAGCCUCAGCCCCAGCCCAAGCCCACAAAGUCUCUAUGGAGAGAGAAGUUGUUCUCCAAGAGCAAGAACAAGGGCGCGUCGCAUCAGGAGAUCGCAGACUUCCUAGGCUCGUCCAGGGAAGCGCCAGCGCCAGAACCAGUACCAGUACCGCCGACGGUCGACCCGAGAUACAACCCUCCGCAAAACGUUGCUCGCGCUCCUUUUUCUAACGAUGUCUCUGUCCCUUCGAAACCAGCCCCGCCACCUCCCCGCGACAACUAUGCCGCAUUCGACUUCUCACAACAAACUACGCAACCUCCAUCGACAAAGCCCCGAAAGGGCAAGGGAUUACGGGUUGAAUUUUCAAAUCAAAACCCUGACGUGAUUGGGGAAGGGGGUGACGAGUCGGACACACCCACAAUUGAGAUCUCGCGCGCCCGCCAGAGAUCAAUCAGCGGCAGCGCGUUGAGUGGAAAUGCCCGCGACCACUCGUCAGACUCGCGAUCGAAUCUGCCCGCGCUAAGAGUCGACACAUCGCUGGGCGAUGGCGAUGCGCGACCCCGGCGAGCUGCCACUAAGCGGGACCCCCGUGGGGAAUCCGGUUGGAAACCGCCCCUCAUGCAUAACGUUCAGGAUGCCGAUUUCUUGGCGACAUUGCCUUUGAGUGAAAGUGGCUCUCGGUUAUCAUUCCGGGGCGAUUCCGAAGAGGCCUCGUUCGCAGAACGUGUUCGCGACAAGAUGUCAGCGGAGGAAGGCCGUGCCUUGCACCGUGCGUAUGAGGACGAUACACCUUCUCCUGGAGGCGAUUACGAAGAUCUGCCCACUCCUCCCAGCCCUCCCAGCCCAGAACCGCCGUUGAAGGAGAUCUCUGCAUCGGAAUCUGGCUAUGAAACAGCCCCAAUGUCAGUCACAUCAACUGCGCCGUCGGUCGCUCUGUCUAUGAAGUCGAUUGUACACUCGAUUCGCAAUCCCCCAAGUCCUGUCACCUAUCGCCAACCAGAAAGUCUCAGUCCCGUUGACACUCGCAUGCCCCCGAGUCUCACACCAGGCAGCCCCGGCAAGGUCUCGCCAACACGCGCUAACCCACCACCCCCGGAAUUGCAUCCCCCAAAUCUCAUGUCACCUCCCAGUCGCGAAGGACAAGAGCCAUCUCGCAGCCCUCAGCCACCCAAAUAUUCUUUACGCAACGUUGCAAAUCAGGUCAAUGAGACCGCAUUUGAUGAAUUUAAGGAGUACAAUGCGAGAUAUGAAAGUCUUAUCCAACUGGCAGCGGAAAGUGUCAAGCCGCUAGUCGAAACGUCUCUAACAGAAUGGGUACGAUCUGCAAUUUGGUGGUUCCUGCGAGGAAAGACACGAUUGGAAGCAUAUGCCCGCUCCCGUUCAACGUCGCCGCCAAGCUUUGCUAGGCAGGCCGUAAUUGAUCUCGGAAAGGCGUUAUGGAUCAAUGAGCACAUCGUUCCCGGCCACAGCGAACUGACCAAGUACGGGGCUAUGAGCGUUGACGCUCUACUUGCAGUUGCAAGCACCACCGGCGACAAAGUGCUGGUUGAUCUUCUCAAUUUGCAUCAGGUUCUUUCUAACCACAUUCGGUCGCUUUCCAUGUCCAUCAAGCGAAACAACAUCCUCGCAGCGGUUAUUUCAGACGAUGGAUCCCCUACUCAGUUGGACACCACCAUCUGGCUGCGUUAUCCUUUCUACGCCCCCGAUGUUUCUGCGGUCUUGUCUGGCGCGGCAACUAGAUCGAUGUUGGCAGAUACCGCUAGUAAGACACCAAAUCUGGUUCAUAUGAUGCCUUUGAGCGAUACAAAUCGCUACUUUAGCUAUGGCAACAUGUUUGUACAAGUAUGCGUGAGCUCUAAUGAUGAUGACGGGCAACAGCAAUACGCCAUGCCCUGUGUAUUGACCAUUGUCCGCGAACGCGCAGAUUGGUAUGUCUGUGCGGCGAUCACCAGUCAAAGUCAGCUUGUCAACAUCUUGAUUCAAUCCGACCGCAAGCAGGGACCGACCUGGGAAGAUGUGGAUUGGCAAGUCCGGUCGAACUCCAUGCGAGUCAAACUCCCUCGGGGAUUCGAGCUGGAUGUUAUGUUCAAGGAAGAAGAUUUCAAGACCCUUUGGAACAUUGUCAAGUACACCCAAAAGUCGGAAGCCAGUCUACAUCCUGAAGCUGGCGAGACGGUUGUGUUUGAGAAUACUGUUAAGAUGUUCCAGUACAUGGACCCGGGUACACCCAGGGCAUUCCCUCCUGACCCCUCCGAAAGAUGCCGGGUUCGUUUGUUUGAGCGGUCAGUGACUGUGACAGAAGGCACUGGAACUCGCAAUGCGCACCGCGGCUUCCGACUUGUCGUUCUGACUAGUCCCAAGGUGAAGACUUUGAGCAGUAUUCGUCAUAUCCUGGGCCAUGGUUCACCAAUCGUGUUCGGUCUUUUGCGCGGGGAGGAUGGUGCACCUGCUCUUCUUCUCAAGGUCACUGAAGAUGGCCGUCAGAGAUCCAUGUUGAUGACUUUCCACAAGGUGGAGGAGCGUACCAGUAUUCAUUCUGUUCUUCUCGGCAUGGUUCCGAAGGAAGGAGAGCUCAAAUCACCGGACAUUCCCAUCAAGUCUUACUGCAUUGAGCAACCCGCAGACCCAGUCAGUGGCCAACCUCCUGUCAAAUAUGUGCAGUUCCCCGCUGGAAGUGUUUCUGUGAUUGACCAACAACAUGCCUACGUUGAGCAUGGUUAUGGACCUACGAUUCUAUCAGAACAUUUGAGGGCUUUUGUCGCCACCGAAUGGGGCUCUGUUACAGACCGGAUUAACUUAGGCCCUGGUGAAUUGAAGAUCGGCCUGGAUGUUAAUAGUCAGAACAGCAUGAGUUUAUUCCGCUCAGCGCAGCAGGAUCUGACUCUCUCCCUUGCGGAUAACCUUAUUCGCCCUGAGAUGCCAGAUCAAUUAACAGGCUUCCUGGAGAAGAUCACAGUGAAGCCGAUGGUUCGCCGGCUGGAGUUCCCCACGAUGCAGGAUCUCCAUGCAUUCGAGCAAGCUGUCACUGGCUUCCAGGUGCUUUAUGAUGGUAUGGCCACAUCCUUCACCAUUUCCCGCCGGCGGAUGGUGGUACCAAUCUACAAGAAGUGGGAAGCACCACUGGCUCGAAUCCAGAUUGUUCGACAGGAAAGAGUCGUUCAAUUGCUUGUCUUCUUCGCCGAUUUCCAACACGGCACAUGUAUGAACUUUGUUCUGAAGGGCACCGACCUCAUGGAGCCAUUCAGCCGGUCUGGCAAGUUCGGUAUUCGCCUUGUAGAUGCCAAGUUCGCUCUUCCUAAGAAGGACGAGGAUCCUUCUUCCAACUUUGUCUGUCUGGACAUGCCCGAGUAUCCUAUCGAACACGACGAUCUUGCCAUUUCGUUCGAUACGGAAGCCGCCCGCGCCACCUUCCGAGCCGCUCUGCCAGGAUCCGUGCGAGAGCCAUCCCGCAUGGGCUCGAUUCGUCGUUAA